AUGGAGUUUGUUUGCGACAAAUGCGCUAAGCCAACAAAAGAAUCUGAUUUCAUCAAAUGCCAGGGUUUCUGUGAAGCAGUAGCCCACGCUAAGUGUGUUGGAUUAAACAAUCAGCAAGUGAAGCUAAAAACGGCAUCUGAAAAUUUGUUGUGGUUUUGCGACGGGUGUUUGAAACUGCUGAAAUUUGCUCGUUUUCGACAAACCGUUGCUGCACUUGGAAAUACCAUUGCUGAGCUACUGAAAGAGCGAACCGCCGCUAUCAAUGAGCUGAAAACUGAAGUUCGUAAAAGUGGAGCCAAAGCAGUUGGUUUACCCGAAAAGCUGCAAAUAACUCCGCGCAGCGUAAGUAAUGAUUGGCCAAUCAUUAAACGAUCGGCACCAAAACGUCGUCGUGAAGAGCAUUCGAUUUCUAACUCCAAUGCAACAGAAGGAACAAAUGCCAAUCUGUCGAAAUUAGUUGCUACUGUUCCAGUUGAGGAGAAGAAAUUUUGGAUUUAUUUGUCUAGAAUCCACCCGGACGUGUCGGUCGAAAACGUUCAGCACUUGGUAUCUGAAUGUGUGCAGUGUGGGGAGCCGCCUGAAAUUGUAAAACUAGUCAAAAGAGAUGUGGAUACAAGAUCACUUCGUUUCAUAUCAUUCAAAGUGGGGAUUGAUCCGAAGUAUAAGGAAACCGCAUUAUCUUCAAGCACCUGGCCAGCAGGAAUAUUCUUCAGAGAGUUUGUUGAUUAUCGAUCAAAAAACGGUUAUGCAUCAGCAACACCAAUAUUGAGUACAUCUGCAGAGCAAUAG